AUGUCCGUAUUUCAUGAUGAAAUUGAGAUCGAAGAUUUUGAGUACGAUGAGUCCACCGAAUCAUACAGCUAUCCGUGUCCAUGUGGAGAUCGUUUUGAAAUUUCAAAGGAAAUGUUAGAAGCUGGUGAAGAUGUUGCCACAUGUUCCAGUUGCUCAUUGAUUGUUCGAGUUAUUUAUGAUCCAGAUCUGUUCAUCAAUCUGGAAAUCCUACCGAACAUCAAUAUUCGAAGAGCAGAAAUGAUCAGUGUAUGA